ACUCUCUCAUUCGUCUCGGUUGGUUUUCUCGCCGAAUUGCAUCAAAAGGCAUAGCUACAUAUGGCAUUUUCUUAUGCCCGCGCCCACGCGGUUUUUUCUUCUCUCUCUCUCCCACUCACUCUUUGCCAAUUGUCUGUAUAUCUGUCAACGACAUGUUCGUUUUACUGCACCGACCUACGUAUUUGUCUCAGUUUCAUUAGUAUGCGUGUGACAGAUUCUGGUGCUGAUCCUACACACAUCUUCUCUAUUUUGCAUAUUACUUGGUUGGUACACGCGUCUACUUGUGUGUACGAAACAAUGGGAGAAGCAGAGCAUGCAAAAGAGAAACGCCAGUCAGUGAGCACACGAUGCAACAUGCGUCUGCCCUUGUAUUACCGAGCAACUCUCUUGCCACUUAGCGGAGCUGUGUCACUCAUACUCCUCUGAUCGAUAGUUAAUGCUCUCGCGUUCGGGUUCUUUCUAUUUAUGGGGGUCUGACAGCAAGGCUAAUGGUGCUACAUGGACCGAUCCAAAGAUGUUUUUCUUACUUCGGGAUGGCAGCGAGCAAAAAAAGGGGGGACGGUCCAGACGGCAAAGUCAAAAGAAAUAUCGCGACAAAACUUUUCUUUUAUUUUAAC